AAUUGCGUGGCCUGCCCCGAUGAUUCCUCCCUCGCGCUCCCGCCCUUUAAACAAGCACCACCACCGGCUUCUUCAAGCUGGCGCAGCCAUUCUCAUCCAGACCAUUCGAGCGGCCGACCAUGUCGCUCAACCCACCAUUCCCAACCGACAGGUUCGGCCCUGGCUUCACGGCCCCUUCGGCCGUGACAGUGACGGAGGGAGGACGAACCAUCACACUCACACCCACGGCAGGACCGGAGCAGACAUCCGAAGGCUCACCAUUCCCCGACAACAUCCUGCAACAGUCCGGUCUCGCACCGGGGCAGAUCAUCGGCAUCACCUUGGGCGCCACCUCGAGUCUCGUCCUCUUCGUCGUAGCCUUAGUCUGGUUCUGGAACCGGAGGAGGGCCAGGGCUCAAGCCGCCCGUGAUGAGGCCCUCGACACUGUCAUGGACGACCCGGAAAAGCCCGACGAUGCCACGCUGAUGGGCGCUAACAACGGAGAGACAACGGAACUGCCGGCUCCGAGAGCGAUACACGAGAUGCCCGAGACACGAGAAGGGCCGGCUGUUGAACUACCGGCCCCUGUCGAGAGGCACGAGAUGCCAGCCUAACAACAUCCAACUAUGGCAGCGAAGAUCAGCAAGGUGUAGACUUGACGUUUUGAACGGGAUCCGAUGAACGAAAAUGGAAUGAGACUUACGAUACCCUCG